UGUGUGUUCACGUGCUGUGGGGGCGUGCAGAGGGCGUGUGAGUGUGCGUGGGCGUGUGUGGGUGGGCUGUGGGCGCCCACACAACCCCCACCCAUACACUCAGACGCCCAAUCCCUCAGGAAAUAAGCACAAGAGCCCAUCAGAGGCGCAGAAGAAACGAGCAUCUGAUCUCCUGCUUGUGUUUGUAACAGAGGAACAUGUGAGUGAACUCACCGUUGAACAUGGUCAGAAGAUGGGGGUUCAACGGACGCAGCGUGGGGUAGGAGGCUUCCGACCCAUGGUCAACUGGAGAGAGAUCUCCGUCAGGAGGAAGAAUGUUGCUAACAAGCAGGUGUUGGUGUGUGUUACUGGCUCAGGCAUCGUUAUCGUCAUCCUGGGAGUAGUCUUCACUAUACUAGGCUUCCUAGUCAUCUCCAGUGAGUGUCCGUUCAUGUGGGAGGAGGGCCCAGGAGCUUGUUACUACCUGGCCAGACACAAUGCCAGCUGGAGCAGUGGGAAGCACUACUGUCACUCUCAGAGUGCCACACUUCUACACCUGCACUCUGACACCCAGAGUGACCUUAUUAGAGGGGUGAUGCUGGGUCCCAGCUGGCUCGGUCUGCAUCGUGGACAAGGUCAACAAGAGUGGCUCUGGCUCUCUGGUGCCAAGUUUAACUACACUAGGUGGCACGAUCCUGCCUCACUACCAGACGAUACCAGCACCAGCUACUGUGCUGUGGUUGGUGGCGGUAUCGUCAAUUAUGGUUUCGGUCACAGUGAGAUCGACAGAACAGCGGAGUGUCCGCCAGCGGAGGUCCGCAUCUUGGCCAGCGACUCCGGCCCAUCACACGAUUCCGGCCCCUCGGCAUCAGCUGCGUCCAAGGAUUCCUGGGUUCGGAAAGUGGAGUCCCAUCGGGACCUGGAGAGUGCGAGCGCUCCUGUUGUGCACGUAGCUCCCGUUGACAUGCCACCCACGCCUUCCCUCACCAUUGCACCAACAGAGGACAGAUCUCGCUCACAGGAACAGCUGGAACUGCUCCUCUCACCCAAGACACUCGUGUGACGGCUUCACUGGACAUAUCGAUCUCGAUUCUUACGGACAGUAAAUUCAGUAACCAGAAUGUGAGAACAAUCAAGUAUGACUUUCAAAAGAGGGUUAAAAGUAUGAUAUAAUUGUGCCUUUAUAACAGCUGCGAGUUGGGUAAAGCAACCAUUAAGUGGAAUAGGCUUGUUAAAGUUAACAUAACUACGACCAGGUCCUCUAACCUGGCCCCACAACACCUGCUGCACCAUCCAGCUCUUAUCAACACAAACACAGAUCACUGGUGACGACAUGAGAGGGAGAUGAGGUGGGAGUGUGUUAGACAAUGAGAGGGACAGCAACACGUGUAUUACAACUGUGAUAUAUAGUAUUGCAAUGACGAUGAACAUUUCUACAUCUUUGAUUAUAUAUAAAAUUUGUAAUUAUAACCAAAAAUUAAACUCAAAUUUUUGUGAUUAUAUAGUACAGUAAAUUCUCACUUAACGUCGUUUCGUUAUAACAUCGACGAGAAAAAAAUUUCCCGGCCGGGGCCAAUGCGUGUGGAGUUCUCAUGUUCGUUGUUGAUCUGCAUGGUGGUAGGUGGCGCUCCUUGCAAUUUUCACUUUGCAAACAUAUAUUCCUUGAUUUAACCCCCAUUGCAAUGAGUGUUAUAGGUGCACUGUGCACCACUGAUGUUUAUUUCAAUUAGCUUACGGUAAAAUUGGUUUCAUUAUUCGUCGAGUCCC